AUGGCCACCGCAGAGAAAACAAAAGAACAGCAAAAACAACCCACCAUCCAGCAAGACGAUUACUCGGAUGACUACUCAGAUGACUACUCCGAUGAAGACUACCAAACCGACGACUACGAGGUCUCCGGCGAUGAAGCAGAGGAUCCCAAAGCUCAGGCGAAACGUCGUCAGCGCCAACAACAACAACAGAGCAGAAAACAAGACGCCGUAGAAGAAGCAGAUGAUGACGAGGACUACUCCGACGAAGAUGACUAUUACUCUGAUGAAUAUGACGACGAUGAUGAUUACGAUAACCAAGUCGCCUCCGGCAAGGCAAUGCAACCCUACCAACCCGCCGGCGGCAACCAAUCCCUCUCCCAGAACGGGUCGAUGAACGUCGUACCGCAAGAGAAGCAGGGCUCGAGUCUGGACGAUGAAGAAGGCAUGAAGCUCAAGCUGGAGUUAAACCUCGAGAUCGAGGUCGAGCUCAAGGCUCAUAUCCACGGUGAUCUGACGCUUGCUUUGAUGUAUGUUCCCCCCUUGCCCCCUCCCUAUUACCUGCUUUCAUUCGCUCAAUUCGAAUAG